AUGGUCAAAAUCGCUGUAGCAGGCGGAACCGGAAACGUCGCAACGAACCUCCUCAAAGCGACAAUUGCCUCUGGCAACCACGACAUAACCAUCUUCACACGCUCUGCCCCAACCAAACCCCAUCCAUCGCCCAAAGUCACCUACAAGCAAGUCGACUACACUGAUGUCGACGGCCUAACCAACGCUCUCCGUGGUUUCCAUACUCUCCUAUCUUUCUUCAUCGUCCAUCUCGACGUAGACAACGUAGCCCAGAAGAACCUAAUCCACGCAUCCAUCGCAGCAGGCAUCUCGCGCUUCGCACCCAGCGAAUGGGGAAUCGCAAACUAUGCCGGUGUUCCAAGUUACGACAACAAAGACUUCAUCCGAAAGUACCUCGAAGACCUUGACGCCAAGGGUGAACUGGGAUCCAUGCAAUACUGUCUCUUCCAACCCUCCAUCUUCAUGGACUACUUCGCGCAUCCAUAUCCGCUCGAACGCGAUCUCAUUACCUGGCCCUUCUUCCUCGAUUUCGAGAACAGACGCGCCAUGAUUCUGGAUGACGGGAACCAGCCCAUCGUCAUCACUGCUGUUCAAGACGACAGUCAGAUACUCGCUCGUGCCCUCGAUGACACACGUCCAUGGCCGAAGAUCGGUGGUGUCAGAGGCUGCCGCACUUCCAUCAACGAGCUGCUCGCUCUUGGCAAAAAGAUCAGAGGUGGAGACUGGAAAGUUGAAUACGUCAAGAGUGAGGAUCUAGGAAAGGGGGAGUUGAAGGCGAGUUGGUUGCCGCUGAUUAGUCAUCCUACGGUGACAAAGGAUGUGCAAGAGGCGUUCAGCAAGCAGUUUGUUAUCAUGUUCUUCGAAGCGAUCAAGAGGGGUGCUUGGGAUGUUAGUGAUGAGUUUAAUCAGCGGUUCCCAGAGUACAAGUUUAUGAGUGCGGAAGAGUAUUUGACGAAAGCUUGGGGGGGGAAGCCUUAA